UGUGCGCUGAAGGCACAGUUUGCAGGCAUAUUCCGGUGAGAUGAGCGUGAUUUUACGGAGGGGUGUCCCGGUGCAACGGCGAAUGUGAAUGCAGGCAGCGCAUGAAUAUUAUCUCCAGCAUGCCACUUCGGAAGUAGGUCACCGCUCACCGAUUUGUUCACCAUGUCUCCAGCUACUGUGGGCUGUUUGGUCCGCGGAUCGCUCCCCGGCUCCACGGAAGCACCGAGCACAAACUGAGGCAAGCAGAAGCGAGCACGAAUUUCUUUCUUUAUUCCUGCUUUUUCUUUAUUCCUGCCGGGGAUCCUUUUAUUUCCAACGGGACGCGCUGAAAAAGGUGAAUUCGUCAAAUCCGCGGCUGCAAAAAAAAUUCAGUCACAGUUGGAGAUGAUCGCUGGAGAGUGCAUGGACCCAGAUGAUGAUCCACGAUGAUGCUCACUGAAAGCCCUGUCUGAGUUGAAAUCCACCGUUGUAGGACCCCGUGGAUGAAGAGGUUUUGGUGGAUCUGCUCCCAGACGCUGAGACCAUGGCGAAAGCUCAGGGGAGCAAGUCAGUGAAAUGUGGGAAGUCCCAGAAAGAGAAGGGAAACAAGGCAAAGGGAGAUGGCGUGAAGAAAUGGAAAGUGGGGAAGAACGAGCUGAAAGGAAAGAAAAAGAAGGACAAGAAGGCCUCACAUCGACACAGAACGAAGAAGCUAGCAAUGGAUGACGGAGAGGCACUGGACUGUUGCGUCCUGCUCACCCGUCUUGAGGAGAAAAAAAUUGUGGGCAAAGUAAAGGUUGUGAAAAAGGCCGAGAGGCAAAAGUGUGUUAAAAUCAAAAAGAAGCUGUGCUCCAUUGAAAGAAGGACCAAAUCUGGACUUCCGAAAACUUCCGCAGCCAAUCAGCAAACACUGGAACCAAAAAAGAACCAAUCAGACGCCUUACUCAUGUUGCCCACACCUGUCUUUGAGCCCCGCAGGAGGAGGAUGGCUUCUCUUAACGCCGAGGCUGUCAACAGCUUGCUGCUCUAUGGAGACGAUUCCCUCACAACAAAUCUCUCAAAGAAAUGGCAACCUACCGACGAAGAGCCUGCUAAAGAUCUCACUAAAGCUGAACACAGAGGUCAUGAAACCAAACAGGGUUCCGCAGGAGGGAAAGCCGUCCCAAAAGAAAAACCGAAAAAACAAAAGCGGUCGGCAGCUCAGGCUCAGGACAUUGACUGGUUGAGUCUGUUUGCGCCAACGCCUCGGCGCCAGGCAGGACUUACUGCUGCAACGCUGCUCAAACUCACCAGUGCCCAGUAUGGAACCAAACGGCAAAAGAAAACUGAGUCCAAACCGAGGAGUGGAAGUGAAGCAACAGCAGCAGAUACGGGUCAGGAUGCCGUUAGUGAUAAACCCGUGUGUGGAGGAACAACACAGACCAAAAGAAGAACACAUCCCAAACAUGAGGAGCAACUGAAGCACAGAAAACAGGGCACAGAGGAUCCGGUCCAUUCCCAGCUGAGCUCCACCAUCCAGGGCUGCUGCAGCUUGUGUAAGACAGAGGCUUUGGAUCCGGAGUGGAAGUCUGCAGGGUCCACAGGGGGGCAGGAGUGUCUCACACAUACUCUCCACUGUGGCUCUUCUCUGGGAUUCCCCGUAAAAACAAUCAAAGAGGAGCAGGUGGAGACGGAGGUGUCUUCCUGCUACUGCUGCUCCCAGGAGAGGUGUGUCGAGUACUGUCACAGACUGGCCCUCUUCCUGGAGGACAAGACCUUCAAGGAACCAGAGGACGGCUCGCUGUCCGAGGUGUUCCACCACCACCAUCACCACCACCAUCACCAUCACCACCACCAUCUUCAGUCACCCCAUUCUGUAGCCCAUCCAGCAGCCAUAACCAUCAGCCCACACACGUACACCUGCUUCCCAGGCUACUACGUCCAUUUCAGCCACCCAGACAGCUCCCCCACUCCCAUAUCACCCCUUGCUUUAUGCCCGAGGAGCGGCAAAAGGCCCAAGCUGCUCCCAAGCACAGCUCCACAACCCUCAGGGAUUAGCCACCCAGUGUACUGCUGCACCUCAGUGGAAGCCUGCUACGGAGAGCCCUGCCGGCUCAACGGCUACUCUCCUUAUACCAGUGUGAUUCCAGCCAUCACCAGAGGAGGGUGCUCCUUCAGCCCCGCAAACUACACCAAAUGUAACCAUGGCAUCAAAAGAGAUGACUACCCAUCAACCCUCAGUGACCACCACAGCCCCUCCUCUAUCCCCAUUUGUCCCAGCCCCAGAAUGAUCACUGGCUGCCCCAUUCCCGCUGUGCCUCCAGCCGGCCAAUCAGUGCCCCACGUUCAGACGCCGCUGUCAGAUCCCAGCCAACCCCAGCCUCCACUGCAGGUGGCGAAGGAGUGUCCACAGAGUGCCAAGCCACCCAGCGGGUCGAGGUCUGGUGCACGCAGCACCGGCAGCAUCAGCUCUGCUGUUUGCCCUCUCAGCAGGGACAAGAAACAGAAGCUCAGCUCUGCCAGCGUCAGAGGGCAAACAGUUGCCAAGCAGCCGAAGAAUGGCCGCCAAAAAUCCACCAACGGCUGGAGGCCAGUUGGCCUGCCCUUUGAGAAGGAGGUUUUCUCUGUGGGAGAGGACUCUAUGGUGCUGAGGAAGUGUUUUGAGGGAGUCCACAGGGACGGGGAUCUGAUUCGGGUCAGAGACACUGUUCUGCUGAAGUCUGGACCUAGAAAAAAGUCUCUGCCUUACGUGGCCAAGAUCUCAGCUCUGUGGGAGGAACCAGAGUCAGGAGAGCUGAUGAUGAGUUUGUUUUGGUACUACCGUCCAGAACACACACAGGGAGGGCGUAACCCCAGCAUGCAUUGUGAGAAUGAGAUCUUUGCAUCUCGUCACCAGGAUGUGAACAGUGUGGCCUGUAUCGAAGACAAAUGCUAUGUCCUAACACUGGCACAGUAUUGUCGAUUUUGUGCCUUGGUAAAACGCCGUAGGGAGGGUGUAUGCGACAGUGUCGCCUCCCUUGUGGUGCCACCCGUUGUUGGCAAUGCCAUGCCCACCCACCACUGUGUGCCGGAUGACGUCGACCCAGAGAUGGUGUUUUUCUGUCGACACGUCUAUGACUUCCGCUAUGGACGCCUCCUCAAGAACCUGCAGUAGAAUCUGACCUGCCGUGACACAUUAUGCUACGGGACAUGAGAUAAUGUUACUCUGGCUUCAUCGUCCACAAAUUUUAAUUAGCUACCUGCUCCAUCUGUCAGAGAGGAACUGGAGUGUAGGACAUAAGGAUUGAGAGCUCAUUUUGAUUUGAAUUCUCAUGGUCUUACUUCCAUGCCACACAUUUAUUAGGUAAAAGUAAUGGUCUGACAUAAUGUGUAGGAGUUAAUAUGGCAGUGUAAAUGGUCUUUAUCAUACAUGGCUCUCUGGUGUUGUAGCAGCUAUGUGAAGAACCUGGAACGUACUCUGCUGUAGAAAAUGCUACUGCUCUUAGAAAUGUGACAUUUGAUAGAUUAUAUGCAGAGAAGGUGAUGUUACAUGUGAAUAAUGCUACUAUCUGCGUGACAAAUGAGAAUCUGAGGCGCACCGUGCCACACUGGUCCUUGUGAAGAGACUAGAGAAAAAGAAAUUUCUCAGUGGCUGAAGACUUAAUCACAUUUUGUCAACAGAUUUCUCUGUAAUAUGCAGUUUCUAAGUGUCCAACUUGAGGACACGGCAUACAGAAGUUUUACUGGAAAGAUUCUGAAUAUGCAUCUGUGUUUAAACUGAUGAGGAAGAGUUACACAUUUUGGGAAAUGUGCUUGAUGCUUUUGUUUUCAGAGCACUGAAUGAUUAAAGGGGAACUUCGUUUUUUUUCAACCUGGGGUCUGUUUUCAUGUCAUUUCAUACAUGUGAGUGAUGGAGAAAUGAAUUUUCAACAUAGCUCCAGUAUUUAGCCAGGCAGGCAGCUUCGCAGCUCAGCUAGCGAAAAGUAAAGAAAAGGGUGGACUUUGACGCGGGGGGGCAAGUUGCCCCAUGCUUUUCGCUAGCUGAGCUGCUAAGCUGCCUGCCUGGCUAAAUACUGGAGCUAUGUCGAAAAUUCAUUUCUCCAUCACUCACAUGUAUGAAAUGACAUAUGGAAACAGACCCCAGGUUGAAAAAAAACGAAGUUCCCCUUUAAAUGAACCUGCUCUCAUGUCUGUACGGAUAAUGUGAAGGUAAAGCCACCAGCUAGUUAGCAUAGCUUAGCAUAAAGUAGAGCUGCAAUGAAUAAUCGGUUAGCUGUCCAUAAUUGAAACACUUAGCAACUAUUUGAUAAUUGAUUUAUUAGUUUGUGUCAUUUUUUGAGAAGAGCGAAAAUCCUCUGAUUCCAGCUUCUUAAAUUUUAACAUUUUCUCCAUAAUUAAACUGUGGAAAUAAAAACAAAACAUUUGAGAACGUCAUUCUAAGCUUCGGGAAACUCUUAUUAAUAUUUUUCAUCAUUUGAAAGAUUAAUUGACAAUAAAAAUAAUGCAUUAAGACUGGUAAACAGUCCAUUUUCAGGCUUUGUGCUAAACUAAGCUAACUGACUGCAGCUCUAUGCUUCCUAUACAGACAUGUGAGUCUUAUUAAUGUUCUCAUUUAAACCUCCACAGGAAAGCAAAUAAGCAUGUUUCCCAAACAUUUAACAUUUUCCAAUUUCGUGCAUUUGUGAUUCAUUUGGAGGUCUGAGUAGUUCAGCCCCAACACAGAUGCGAGGAAAAAUGUUGAUCCAAACAUUUAAUAAAGUCUAAUUCAACUUUUUUUUUAACCACUGAUCGAGUACAAUCACAGCAAACAAUGACAUAUGGAAGAUUUAAGACUCCAUCUCUCAUGAGUUUCUGAGAGAAUUGUAGGUUUUCUGUCAUAUCUCUUAGCUCUGAAAAUCACCUCAGUGGUGAUUUUUGUGCUGCAGGACGGACCUGCACUCUGCAAAGAAAGCACAGUUUAGUUUGUUUGGUUUUCGCAGUGUGAAGAUGUCCAAUGAGCCGAGCACUGAGGGGAUUUUUGUUAUGCCAAUGCUGAGGAAUAUUUUACUUUCUCAAAGCUGUUUGCCAGAGGUGUGAUUUGACUCCGGUGUCAGCUAAACUGUAUAUUUGCAUUUAAAUAUCUGGAUGAGUGUCUGUUCAUGGCAGAUGGCAUCAGUUAGUCACCUAUAUUCUCGUUUCUUCACUGAUGAACUGGUGAGUAAUGUAUUCAGUGUAGCAUUUAGAUCCGUGAUGAUGAUUCGUUCCUAUGUUUGAGAAAAAGAUAUGUAUUUAUUUCUGUACUGAGAACAUAUAAUUUAUUUUCAAAAGGCGAUUUUAAAGAAUAGAGUUUUAGAUGAGUGGCUUUUCAUUCCUGAUUAGAAAGGAGGUUGAACUCGUCGCUCCUUCUUAGCUGCACUGUCUACGAUGAAAAGUGUGUGAGUCAUUUGCAAUAGUAUUUCUGUGUUUGAGUUUGCUUACCCAAUACAAGCCAAUUAAAUGUUGUGUUGAGAUGUUGAAGUAAGCAGAUUUGGGGACACAUACGGAGUAUUUGGAAGGAUCUCAGAUGCAGGUUUGAAGGACAUAAGUGCUAACAUGUGUCCAGAGAUGCUUAACCUGCAGGACCAAAACGUACCUUGGCCUCUCCCAGCUUUCCGUCAUUCUCCUUUCACUUCUCCUCCGACGAUAAAGCUUUGCCUCUUCACCUUUAAAUGCCGAAUGCUAUGAUGAUUUAAACUUACCUUACCAUUAGCCUGUGCCCUUGAUCUUGCUGCCUUAUAGAACAUUCCCAGCCUUUCAUUUAGAAAUGUGUACUGAUCUGAACCUGGAGUUUUGAAGCCUGUGAGUGAGCUGAUCUUGAUUCCUACAUGCUUGAGAUGCGUUUCAGAGAUCCGUGUGAUCUUGCACGACCUGAAAGGCAAAACUCAAUCUUGGCCAAAUCUGAGUCAAAUUUAAAGUGAUUUUUAGGAUUAAAAUGCCCGACAAGUGAGGACUAGAUGACUGUUAAAAGAACAUUCUGACAUUUUGAGAAAUUUACUUUUUUGCAGAGCAUUACUUGAAAGGACUGAUACCACUCUCACAUCAGUACAGUAAAUACAAAGCAGCAGCUAGUUAGCAUAGCUUAGCAUAAAGAUGGAAGCAGAAGGCACCGGGAAAGGGAGCCACAGUUCACCUAAAAGCAACUCUCUAAGCUAAAUUAUUAACGUCAUAUAUUUGAACUAUAGAAAUAUAGUUAUUUAAACAUGAAUUUGCUCUUUUGGGGGUUCUCCUGUUUCCAGUCUUUAUGCUAAGCUAAGCUAACUGGCUAGCAGUUAUAGCUUCAUAUUUUACAUAUAGAUUGAGAGCAGUUUCCUUUCGUUUAAUUCUUUACAGGAAAGCUUCAUUUCCAAAAUGUCAUAAUUGUGAUAUUUUUUAACCUGGUCCUGCAUUUUCAGAUGUUUCUGAAUGCCAAUGAUUACUAGGAACAAAAAAUAGAGUCAAAUAGGGUCCAGUAUUGAGCAAGAACAUUAUGACUGAUAUCCGCAGCCAGCAUUAUCAGACAACACGCCAAACAACACAAGCAGAAGAAGCAAAUGUAAGCAAAAAGGUGUAUUUUUGUAGGAAACGGAUCCAUGAUGUAGCAAUCUAAGCCUGUCAGUGGCAAAAACAUGCAAUCGACAAUUGCCCUGCGUGAUUACGCUCCAGCUCUUUUAUUUUAAAGUCAUAUUUAAUAUAUGAUCAGUUCCACAUGUUUUUGUUGCUGUUAAUAAUUUGUACUCAGAAACACACAAAAAUAGAGGCCCAGGUUGAAAAGUAACAUAAUUAUGCUUUAAGUUUGAAGUCUUACCCUUCUCAAAUAACACAUACUGGUUAGCUUCAUUUGUAUCAAUUGCAGUGAAUCUGCUUGAACCAGUUUUUCACAUAACAUCCACAGAAAUCUUUCUAAACCACUUCAUCAUAAUCCACCUCUCAGCUGUCCAAAAUAGAGAAACACGCAGCUCCCAACAGAGCUUUAGUUGAUAGCACAACAAGACAGGAUGUAAUGAGAUUCUGUGGGGAAAUUCUGACAUCUUAAACAUAUGAGCACGAUUACGGACGGAUAGAAAUGCUUAAUAUUAUCACUGAAAUGUCAUGAGCUGACCACAACCUCGAUUCUACAUAAAAGAGGAAACUACAAACUAUUUACACCCAAUCCACAAGCACAGGGGAGGGGUAGUUGUUAGUCAAGAUAGAUUUUAGGUGGGGUAUGCCUUCAAAAUGCCCACUUCCUGCCUGCUUCUGAUGUACUCCCAGACUACAUAUACUUUUGUGUUAAUUCAGAGACUAAAGUUUCACCAGAAUUAAUGAAUGGCUUAACAUUUGACCUUUUGAUGCUCUUUUUAAUUUUCAAAUUCAAUACAUCAGGGUAGAAUAUACUCCACCAUUUAUAUUUGCCUCUCUCUCUGUAAACCAAAGGUUAACAAUCUAAAUCAUAAAGCAAAAAUCCCUCCACUGACUGGAAUCUAAUUUCAAAAAUUAAUGGACGGUGUUUGUAGUAAAGCCAACAAUGCAAAAUAGUACAAAGCAAAAUGGGUAAAUUGCAUUUGGUUUGAUUUGGUUCUGCAUUUUACAGUCCUUCCCCCCUUCGAUCAGAAUUAGAAAACCACAGACCGUACAUGUUAUGGCCUUAGGAAUCACUCAGCAAGCUAAUUAUGUUUAAUCAAGAUGCGUGAUACUUAUGUCUUAACUGGUCCUCUGUGCCUGUUCCCCUUAACCCGUAUAUAUUCCAAGAGUUUUCCAUGAAGGGCAAGAUGAGUAGUUACUGUACUUUUUGCGUAUCUUCCAAAUGCCUUUCAUUUUUGUCAGAUGACACUGGUCUGAUCUUGAAUCACCACAAAGAAACAUUUGCACCAAAAAGUGAAAGAGGGAGAGAGGAGGAAUGGUAUUGAAACAUGAAUUUAAUUUCAUUCCCAGGUGUACAAAAACCUGAACUUUGGUUCUUCUUAUGUGAAUUUCUGUUCAUAUUCUUUGCAUGGCUUUUUGGAAAUAUCUUGGAAAUAUUAAUCACAGCACAGAUUAUUUGUAUGGUUUCAAAUGGACCGCUGUAAUAUAAGAAAAAUAUUUAAUUGUAAUAAAUAAUAUAUGAGUUUGAA